AGUAUAAAAGGAAAUUUCAGGAAGUGCUUCCUCCAUUUUCGUCGUUAUCAGAGAGAAGAAUGUCGCAUAGGAAGUUCAGUGCACCCCGACAUGGGUCUAUGGGAUUCUAUCCCAAAAAGAGGUCCCAAAGGCAUCGAGGAAAAGUGAAGGCUUUCCCCAAGGAUGAUCCAAACAAACCUGUUCAUUUAACUGCUUUUAUUGGUUAUAAAGCUGGUAUGACCCACGUGGUUCGAGAAGCCGAUCGUCCAGGGUCGAAGGUGAACAAGAAAGAGAUUGUGGAGGGAGUUACUAUUCUUGAAACACCACCAAUGAUUGUAGUUGGUGUAGUUGGAUACAUUGAAACUCCACAUGGUUUGCGUGCUUUAACCACAGUAUGGGCAGAGCAUCUAUCAGAAGAUUGCCGUAGGAGAUUUUAUCAGAACUGGUACAAGAGCAAGAAGAAGGCAUUUACAAAGGCUUCCAAAAAAUGGCAAGAUGAUCUUGGACGUAAAUCGAUAGAACGUGACUUCAAAAAGAUCGUCAAGUACUGCAAAGUUGUACGAAUUAUUGCUCAUACACAGAUGAAACUGUUGAGACAACGUCAAAAGAAAGCUCACAUUAUGGAAAUUCAACUGAACGGCGGAACUGUCGAGCAAAAGGUUCAAUGGGUUCGUCAGCGUUUAGAGAAGCCAGUACCUAUUAGUGAAGUCUUUGGUCCAGAUGAAAUGAUAGACGUAAUUGGUGUCACGAAAGGAAAAGGAUAUAAAGGUGUUACGUCACGUUGGCAUACAAAGAAAUUGCCACGUAAAACGCACAAAGGUUUGAGGAAAGUCGCUUGUAUCGGAGCUUGGCAUCCGAGUCGCGUAUCUUUCACUGUUGCACGUGCUGGUCAAAAGGGUUAUCAUCAUCGUACAGAGAUGAACAAGAAGAUUUACAGAAUUGGACAGGGAAUUCAUACAAAGGAUGGCAAGAUCGUAAAGAACAAUGCUUCGACUGGAUACGAUCGUACUGAGAAGACCAUCACUCCUAUGGGAGGUUUUCCCCAUUAUGGUGAGGUGAAUAAUGAUUUCAUUAUGAUCAAGGGUUGCUGUAUGGGACCGAAGAAACGUGUGAUCACGUUGCGUAAGUCCUUAUUAGUACACACCAAACGAUCUGCGCUGGAAAAGAUCAAUCUUAAAUUCAUCGAUACCAGCUCCAAAUUUGGACAUGGUCGGUUCCAGACUGCUGCGGAUAAGGCUGCAUUCAUGGGUCAACUUAAGAAAGUUCGUAUCCUCGAAGAACAGGCGCAAGCUGCAGCCUCAGCAGCAGCUGCAGCUGGAAAUACUUAAUAAUAACAUCUGUGUGUUGCGUACCGAAAUGUA